CACUUCUUUCCUAGAGGGAAAAGGGAAGAAAGCAGCAGAACUAAAGAACGUUCUGACGCACUGUGUCUGUAAACCUUCCCAGGCCUUGCCCAAGCCUAGGCCCCUGGCUGCAGAGAGCUCACAGCUGCAGAGCUAAGACCAGAUGUGCCCUGGCAAUAAGCAGUGAGUGAUGUGGCCAAGCCUGAGGACACAGGCAGGAGCUGUGUGUCCUGGGCUCACCCUGAACCCCACCUCAGGAAGAGAUGCUCUGUGGGAUCAGAAGGCUCUCAUCCAUGGACAGGACCCUCACCGUUCUGCAUGUGAACCUGUACCACCCCACACUGGGCCCAGCCGCCUUCACCAGUGUCCCACAGCAGCUGCAGCAUGACACCAGCCCACUGCUGGUGGGGCGGGGGCACGGUGCCCACCUCCAGCUGCAGCUGCCCCAGCUUUCUCGCUGCCACUUGUCUCUGGAGCCCUACCUGGAGAAGGGUAACACGGUGAUGGCCUUCUGCCUCAAGGUCCUGAGCCGCAAGAGCUGUGUAUGGGUUAACGGGCUGCCACUGAGGUACCUCGAACAGGUCCCACUGGGUGCCAGCAACAAGAUCUCCUUCUCCAACAUCCAGAUGGUAGUCCGCAUCGAGGGCGGCACCUCGCUGGAGGCCUUCACCUGCUUAUUCCAUCUCAGCCCCUCGCCCCUGAUUUACAGACCCAGAGCCGAGGAGACUGACGAGUGGGAAAGCAUCUUCCAGGAGGAGCCUCCUGUGGCUUUGGGGGAGUCAAUUCCAGGUCUCUUGGGGUUUUCCCAUGGCCCCUCCCAGACAUGCACAGCUGUCUCCUGCCAAGCCCUGGAGGAGGAACAGAAAUAAGGUUCCAGAGGGAGUCCCCCACCCCAGACACUGCACUCCGACAGCCGUGAUGCUGAGAAGGUCGCCUUCCUGAAGCAGGACUUGAAAUAUUUAUGCUACACAUACAAGGUUGAUAGGCAAGCUUGACGUUGACGGCCUGUUUGCUUGCCUCACUCAUAAUGAACUGAUUCUGCAAAGUCCGAGAACUCCGAGCAGCCCAGAGAUGGGGAAGUGUGGCUCAAGAUAAUGGGGACUUGGUAUACUUUUAAGAGGCCCUGCGGGGUUCUGGAGAACCUCUCCCAGGCUUCUUCACAUUUCCUCCCUUGUCGGACUAGGAGUUACUUUAUGUGACUCAUUUUGUGUGCUGUUUAAGAACAGAAGCCUGGGGUUGCACCAGGAAUGCAUGGACACAUGUAGAAAUUACGCUUGUGGUAGCCUGGGGUUACCUUCUGCUUUCAAAUACCCAUAGGCGCUUGGGGCUUAGGGAAGCCUGUGCUUAAUAAACUGAAAGUAUUUCAUUAA